UGCCUGUGUCUAGGGUAAGUAUGGAUACAACGUUACCAUGGUGACGGAUGCAGUUGAGUGGGCGUCUGCUACAACAAUGGCUGGAGCAAAACUAAAGAAUUCAUCUGUUGCACGGGAGAAUGCAGAAAUCCAUUAUCAGCCCGAAGUUUCUAUAGAAUCUGAUCGUAUACUCGGUGUGUUGGACAGCGCCAUACGUAACAUGGAAUUAGUUGUUUCAGAGGCCAGUAUCAUCUUCAUUGGAUACAUGAAACAGCUACGUAACUGUAUUGCACAGAGAUUGGCCAUUACCCCCAUAAAAGAACUGGAAAAACAAAAGAAUUUGCACCGCAUAUGGCAUCGUAACCUGAAAGCUAAGGCUGAUAUAAUAAGAUUAAGAGAUGAACUUGAAACUCAGAGGAAUGAAGGUAAUGCACAGCUUGCAGAAAAAGAUAUCUCAAUUCAGAAGAAUGAGGAACAUAUUGAUAAACUGAAAAAACACUGUAAGGAUAACAUUAAAAAAAGAAUAAAUGAGUCAGAAAGAAAUAUGAUAAGUGAUUGGAAACAGAGUGAAUGCAGACAAGAGGGACUUCAGAUAGAGCUUAAGGAUGCUGAAAAAAAAUUUGAGAACUUGCUCUCAGAACACUUGCAGUGUGAAAAGAACUUGAAAGCAAGCAAGCAAAAUGUUGAAUUACAGUUGCUCACUGUGCUGAAUAAAUACGAUAAAGAUAUGGGACAGCUACAGGCUACACUUGAAGAGAUUAUUGAAGGUUUCAACAAAGAGAAGCAACAGAUGAGAGAGUUACAGGAGCUGUUUAACAUCCAGGAAAUGGAAUACACGAGGUUAAUGACUGAAAAAGCUGAAGAUGAACAACGUGAACUGGACCAUAAAAUAUACAUUUUCAUUACAAACAGAUGUGCACGCAGAAUUCAGCAUGCCUGGAGAGAAUACAAACAAAGAAAGCUUUCAAAGCGUAAAGGGAGAAAGAAGAAGAAAAAAUAAAAUGGUUAUUUUUCACAUUUUCUGCACAAAAAAACAAUAUAAAGAUAGAUAGAUAGAUAGAUAGUAGUAGUAGUAGUAGUAGUAGUAGUAGUUACUUCAUUUAGUGACAGUGUACAUUGUAUGGAUUUCAUCAAAGAACAUAGUAUAACAAAAAUAAGAUAAGGGUGUACAGUUUCUUACAUAAUACAGUGGUUCAUUGUAUCCAUCACAAUAUUUUUGGGUAAUACAACUUUGAUUUCUGUAAUAAUAUAAAAGUAUGAGAAGGAUC